AGUGAAAGAAUCACACUCAUUAUAUGUACUGGAAUCGUGAAAAUUUUCGAAUAUUUUUUGCUCAGUAAAAGCACGUGAGAUAUAUUCUGGUAGCAGACACUGAAUCAUGGAAGAACAUGGAGCAGAAGAAAAACCAAAAAAGAAAAAUCGAUACGAUGACUCCAAUAUCGUGUUUCGACUAUUUUUUUGUUGGUUAUUACCAUUUUUCUAUAUGGGCUACAAAAGAGAACUCACUGAAGAUGAUAUGAACGACCAUCGGAAAGCCCACGAUGCUGGAAAAUUGGGAGACAGAAUGGAGGCAGCAUGGAACAAACAGUUGAUGAAGAACAAAAAAGACCCAUCUUUAAUAAAAGCGAUUCUGAGUGUGUUUCUUCCAGAAGUAUUAGGGCUAUUCUUGAUUGUGUCAAUUUGUGAGGGUUCCAGAUUACUUCAACCUCUACUGAUAUCGCAACUGUUGGCUUUUUAUGAUAAUAAUGAAAUCGAACAGAACAAAAACGACGCCUACUUGUACGCAGGUCUCAUUGUACUUACGGCAUUAAUAGCUGUUUUUUCUAUACACUACUACCAACUGCGGAUAGCGCAAGUGGGCAUCAAAGUACGGAUUGUUAUGUGUUCUCUCAUCUACAGAAAAGCACUGAGGCUGAACCAGUCGGCUCUCGCUGAUACCACAGUGGGUCAGAUGGUGAACCUUCUCAGCAACGACGUCGGACGCUUCGAAACUGGAAUGAACUUCUUGCACCAUCUUUGGUUGGCUCCGUUAGAAACUUUUCUGGUCAUGUACCUCUGCUACAACGAAGUGGGAUACACUGGACUAGUCGGCACUGCAUUCCUCCUUUUAUCCAUACCAGUACAAUCUUGGCUUGGAAAGAAAACAUCCCAGAUGCGACUGAACGUAGCAAUAAGGACUGACGAGCGAGUCAGAUUGAUGAACGAGAUCAUCGCUGGAGUCCAAGUCAUCAAGAUGUACACUUGGGAGAAACCCUUCACCAAACUCGUGGAAGUGGUUAGAGCGAGGGAAAUAAAAUACAUUCGCUUCACCUCCGUGAUCCGAGCCAUCUUAAUGUCCUGUGGCCUAGUACUAAACAGAGCUGCUGUCUUCCUCUGCAUAGUAGUCUACGUCCUCACGGGAAACGUCUUAACAUCUGCCUAUUGCUUCACCAUGACUUCCUUCUACCGCAUACUAGCCUCAGUAACGAUGUUCCUGCCAAUGGCAAUAUCCACCAUAGCCGAAAUGAUGAUUUCCGUCAGAAGAAUCAAGCAGUUCCUGCUCUACGACGAACUAGACGCUGACACCAGCUGGCACCUAGACUCCUCCAACAGCUUGAGCAACGGUUCCCUCAAGCCAUCCAACUCAGGCACAGUCGGUAUCCGCCUCAAGCGAGUCUCAGCCAAAUGGCUGAAAACCAACCCCGAGAACAACCUGAGCGAUAUCGACAUGUCGGUGAGACCAGGCGACUUGAUAGCAGUUGUAGGGCCAGUGGGCACAGGCAAAACCACGCUGCUCAACCUCAUCCUAGGCGAGUUGAAGCCCUCCGAUGGUUCCGUACAAGUCAAAGGUUCCAUAUCUUACGCUUCGCAGGAACCUUGGUUGUUCGGGGGUACGCUCAGGCAGAACAUCCUCUUCGGCCAACCGUUCGACCAGAAGAAGUACGAUGAGGUAGUACGCGUGUGCGCGCUAGAAAGAGACUUCGCCUUGUUUCCCUACGGAGAUAAAACCCUUUCUGGGGAACGUGGAGUUAGUUUGAGCGGGGGGCAGAGGGCCAGGAUCAAUCUGGCUCGAGCUGUUUACAAAGAGGCAGACAUUUACCUCCUGGACGAUCCUUUAUCUGCUGUGGAUGCCCAUGUGGGGAAACAGCUGUUCGAUGAGUGCAUCAGUUCCUACUUAGCCAACAAGUGUGUAAUACUGGUUACACAUCAGCUCCAGUAUCUGAAGAAGGUUAAAAGGAUUUACCUUCUGGAGGAAGGUAGAGUUUUGGUUACUGGGUCCUACGAUGAUUUCAGAAACACGGACAGCAAAUUUUCUAAGCUGCUGGAAGAUUUAGAAGUGGAGGAAGAAGAAAUCAGGAGGAAAUCCAAGAUGGUGGAGGCGGAGGGAAAAAAGGAAGACACUGAGGGACCAGCACAAGUUUUGAAAAAAGAAGAAAAGGGGGUGGGAAACAUCUCUUGGUGGGUAUACAAGAGUUACAUGAAAGCUGGCGGGAAUAUACUGAAAUUCAUCUUUGUGGUUUUGGCGUUUAUUAUUAGCCAAAUGCUGGAUAGUAUGGCCGAGUAUUUCAUCACUUUUUGGGUCAACAUCAACCAAGAUUCGAAAAACAACUCAACCGAGAUCCUACAAAGAGGUUAUCUCCAGAAUGACUCCAGCCAACUAUUCUCAGACACAGAAAACAUGUUUAAUACAAGUGAAAACCCCUUACCUAUUCAGCAAUUAGUACCAAGGGAUGAACCAAUCGUUUGGUGGCUGAGUUUCCUCUUCACUAGCGACUAUACUGUCAUCUACUACGCUAUCCUCUUCCUGCUCAUUGUUAUUUUUGCGUUCUCGAGAUCUAUAGUAUUCUAUAGCUGGUGCAUAACAGCUGCCUCCAGAAUGCACAACAAGAUGUUCAACAACAUUGUUUACAGCCCCAUGAGCUUUUUCAACAAUAAUCCUUCCGGAAGAAUCCUCAAUAGGUUCUCCAAGGAUAUAGGGUCUUUAGAUGAGGUGCUACCUAUGACGCUUUUGGAUACAAUGCAGAUUGGACUAUCCGUGCUUUCCAUUUCUGUUGUCAUAGGAUCUCUCAGCGUUUGGAUUCUUGUACCAACUAUAUUUAUCCUUACUUUAUUCUACUUCAUGAGGGUAUUCUACUUGGAGACUAGCAGGGACGUCAAACGGAUAGACUCUAUCACUCGAAGUCCCAUUUUCACGCAUCUGACGGCUUCUCUGCAAGGUCUGACUACCAUAAGGGCUUUCGGAGCUGAAGAGGUCCUCAAGAUCGAAUUUGACGGUUACCAGAACACGAACAGUGCAGCCAGCUUUAUGUUCUUGGGCGCCAGCAGAACAUUCGGCUUCUGGUUAGACUUCCUUUGCGUUGUAUACGUUGCUUGCGUUCUGGCCAUACUUCUUUUCCUCAAAAGCGAAACGUUCGGUGGCAACAUUGGCCUAGCCCUCACGCAGACCAUGGGCCUAAUGGGCAUGUUCCAGUGGGGCAUGCGACAAUGGUCCGAAAUGGAGAACCAAAUGACCUCGGUAGAGCGAGUCCAAGAGUACGCAGACCUCAAACCGGAGUCAGAAGGUUCAGUCCGCGACCCUCCCAAACACUGGCCGGAAAUGGGAGCCGUCGAGUUCAGGGAUAUGUCCCUGAGGUACUCCCCCGAGCAGCCGUUCGUGCUCAGGAACCUGAGCUUCCGCGUGAACGCAGGGGAGAAGGUGGGAAUCGUCGGGAGGACUGGCGCAGGGAAGUCCUCGCUGAUCCAGGCGCUUUUCCGAUUGGCUAGCAUCGAGGGCAGCAUACUGAUCGAUGAAGUUGACACUAAGACGGUGUCGCUCAAGACGCUUAGGUCCAAGAUCUCCAUCAUACCGCAGGAGCCGGUACUGUUCUCUGGCACGCUCAGGAAGAAUUUGGAUCCGUUCGACGAAUACAAAGAUGAGAUUCUGUGGGACGCUUUGGAACAAGUAGAGCUGAAGAACGCAGUGACCGAUCUACCGUCAGCUCUGGAGAGUAAGAUGGCCGAAGGCGGUUCCAAUUUCAGCGUGGGACAGCGACAGCUGGUGUGCCUAGCUCGAGCCAUAGUACGCAACAACAAAGUACUGGUACUAGACGAGGCCACAGCCAACGUGGACCCGCACACCGAUUCACUCAUCCAGCAGACCAUAAGGAAGAGGUUCGCGGAUUGUACGGUACUCACUAUCGCCCACAGGCUGCACACCAUCAUGGAUUCCGAUAAGGUUUUGGUGAUGGAUGCGGGCAAAUGUGUCGAAUUCGAUCACCCCCAUUUGCUAUUACAGAACGGAAAUGGGGUAUUCCAUUCUUUGGUUAUGCAGACAGGAAGAGCAACAGCGAAAAAUCUGAUGGCGAUUGCCGAAGAAAAGUUCAACAGUGAGAAGAAUACAUGAGAGACAGUGAUGUAGAUAGAUCGAGGAGUAUACCUGAAUACAAAAGACGUCGAAAAAAAUCGAUCCAGGAUUUUUAAAUUCUUUUGUUAUGUGGAAGUGAGAAACGCCUUAUAUAUGCAUUUAUUGUACAUAUACGGGUAAUUUUAUGAUAUUUAUAUGUGUUUACGUUGUUAAGUUGUACAGUGGAAUAUAUUUUAUAUUU